AUGGAUAAAGACACCAUCUUCUUCAAUGGUCGUAUCCUCACCCAGGCUGGCUCCGGUCUGCAUGGAGAGCCCGUGUUUGCAGACAGCAUGCUAGUGAAGAAUGGGAUCAUCGCAGCAAUUGGACAAUACCAGCAAGUCCUCUCUGAAUGUUCAUUCGAUGUGAAAAAGCGAGAUCUCAAGCAGCAGACUGUCCUUCCAAGCUUUAUCGAUGGCCAUAUGCACCUUCUCCUUCUUGGCCAAUCGCUUCGCAAGCUCGACCUCCGACCCUGCAAAUCUUUGGAAGAAAUUCGAUCUACCAUAAAACAGUACGCGGUCGCCAAUCCCCGUAUUCCGACUAUUCUUUGCAAAAACUGGUUGCAUUCCAUGACCCCGAAUGGUGUGACUGCCACGAUGUUGGACGGAAUUGAUCCGAGACCCAUCUUCAUCGAUGCAAGUUCGCAGCACUCAUGCUGGAUGAACACCGCUGCCCUGAAGGUUCUCGGUGCUGAAACUAUGUCCGAUCCCCCUGGCGGUACCAUACAUCGGGAUGCCGAGGGAAAGCCUUCAGGUGUCAUGGAUGAAGGAGCUAUGAUGUCAGUUAUCUGGCCAUUCCAGGCAGUAUCAUCAUCCAAAGAAGAGCGCAUGCAAUCGAUUCUUCAAGCAAUUCAUGAAUAUAAUGCGGCAGGAUAUACUGGCGUUAUAGAGAUGGCCAUGGAUGAAGAGGCAUUCGAUAGCCUUGUUACUCUCCGCUCAAUGCAAACAGACCUCCCCAUACGAAUUGCCGCAUACUGGCUCAUCAAACCUACGGCAGACCACGAAGCCCACUCAAAACAAGUACAGCGUGCGGUUGAAUUGAGUAAACAGUACAAUUCCAGCACCAGCCCCGAUCUUCGGAUUGUUGGUGUUAAGGUUAUCUGUGAUGGAAUUAUCGACGCGUGCACUGCUUUCUUGUCCGAGCCAUAUGCGCCCAUUGGUUCGCCUCCACCUAUUUGGGAAGCAGAGUAUUUGGAUUCCGUUGUCAAAGAAGCGGAUAGUGCAGGCCUUCAAAUAGCCCUCCAUGCAAUCGGAGAUGCAGCAAUCAAAAUGGCUAUUGAUGCAAUUGAGAAGCAUGCUAGUCCAGGGAGACGCCACCGCAUCGAACAUAUUGAACUUGCAUCUCCUGAGGAUGCAAAGAGGCUAGAGAGAGCUUGGUCUGACGGCCCUGUGCAUGCUGAUCCCUCUAUUCUGACUGAGUGGCCACGUCUCAUUGGGGAGGAACGUUGUGAGAGGGCAUUUGCAUACCGCGAAUUCGCAGAUGCUGGGGCUCUUAUGGCGAUUGGGACUGAUAGUCCUACCGCGCCUUGGAUGCCAAUGAAUAAUCUUUACGUGGCUACCACGCGAAAGUCGUCUAGAAACCUUGAAUACACCAAGGUUGUUAAUGAGAAUUUCCGUCUAGGGAUGUGUGAAUCUAUUGUUGCUGCGAGUGGUGGUGCAGCACGCAGUGUUUUUGCAGAAGAGCGGACAGGAAGCCUGGAAGUUGGGAAAUUGGCGGAUUUCAUUGUUGUUGAGAUGGAAUGGGAGGCAAAUGCGUUGUUGCAGGCGAAGGUCAAAGAGACUUGGUUUGAGGGAAGGAGAAUUUGGGGUUAA